AUGAAUACAUCAUCACCUCCAAACACCAUGAAAAUUUGUCUCUUCUCCAAUUCCGAUCCUUCCACCCCACGUUAUUCCUCUCCUGCCAUUCCUAUUGUCAAACAAGUUCAGUCUCAUGUUUCCAAUGCUCAUGUUCGUUCUUCUAAUUGUUGCAAUGGCGACGACGACUCUUCGCAACUUCCAUCUUCGAUCCCUUCAAUGAACUUGUCUCAAAUGAAAGAAACUCGAAAUGAAAUGUGUCGCAAUAAUACUGAGAAACAAGUCCAUGAAAAGACUUCCUAUUUUCCUUCCCAGUCACGUCCUCCAUCACUCCAAGAUGAAACUAGAACAACACUACCACAACAAGGCUUGGCCAGUGUCCUCUCUCGUGAUCAUAAGAGAAAAACAGCAGCCAUAUACAUUGAUCUUGAUAAUUUCCCAAUUCGCACAGAUGCUCAUGCUGACUAUUCAAGUGUUCUUGAAGAAAUUGAAACUAAGUAUCAGUUCAAAAUCAUAUCAAAGAAAAUAUUUGGCGAUUUGAUACAAUUCUCAAAACUUCCUUCUGAAUUGCAAUAUUCUCAUCAACUCAUUAAUUGCCCUAAAGUGAAUUCUAGGAAAAACACGACAGACAUUGCCCUUGCUAUUGACAUUAUUCGAGACUUGGAAAGAAAAAAAGCCGUAUGA